CCGCCGCCGCGGUGGCGCAACAGGGAGGGCGCCGCUCCCUCGCUGCUGAGGUCGAGGGUUCGAGCCCCGCCAGCGCUGCCGCGGGGGUCGCGGUAUUCCCCCCGUGGUGCCGCGCUGUCGCCCCCCGCCAUGUGUCCCCUCGGUUGUCGCCCCGCGGGGGUGCUGAGCAACGGGCAGGGCGGGGCCCGCCCUUCCCGGCAGUGUGGCAACAUCACCGCCACCCUCCUUCCUUCCUUCUUCUCUCAGCGUCGCCCGCGCGGUGCCCGCAGUGCCGGGAGCCGGGGGUCCCAUGGGUGAGCGCUGCCCGGGAACCCCGGGCACGGCCCGGCCGGGCGGGAGGGCACACGGAACGCUUGGCACCGACGGUGACACCUCGGGGACCCCCCCGGAUUUGAGGAGGGGUCCCAAAGGCUCGGGGGGCGCGGGCAGGGGGCUCGGGGGGCGCGGCGGGGCCACGGCGGCCGCCCUCAGCCUCGCCCUCCUCUUCCUCUGCGCAGAGGCCGAAGGCUUCGCCCUCUGCCACGCGCCCGCCAUGCAGACCAAAGUCUUCCAGUACCGGCUUUGGGACGUGAACCAGAAGUCGCUGUACCUGCGCGAUGACCAGCUGGUGGCCGGGCACCUGCAGGGCGCCAACGCCGCGCUGGAAGAGAAGGUGUUCUGGGUGCCCAACCGCGCCUUCGAGCCCGCCCGGCUGCCCGUCAUCCUGGGCAUUCGCCACGGCUCCCGCUGCCUGAGCGCCGAGCGCGGGCGGGCCGGAGCAGAGCCCCAGCUGCGGCUGCAGGACGUGGACAUCCGGGAGCUGCCCCGAGCCGGGGACAGCGCGGCCGCCUUCACCUUCUUCCGCUCCUACCGGGACGGGCUGUGGCGCUUCGAGUCGGCCGCGCACCCCGGCUGGUUCCUGUGCACGUCCCCGCGCGGCCACCAGCCCCUGGCUCUCUGUCGCCACCGCGAUGUCACCUCCCAGCUGCUCGACUUCUACUUCCAGCUCUGCUGAGCCCCUCCCCGGCCACCGGCGCGGGGACAGCCGAGCCCCGGGAAUGGUGACAGCCUCCUGGGAAGGGUGGCAUCCUCACUGGGAUGGUGCCAUCCUCACCCCUGGGAUGGUGACAGCCCCCUGGGGAGGGUGGCAUCCUCACUGGGAUGGUGCCAUCCUCACCCCUGGGAUGGUGACAGCCCCCUGGGGAGGGUGGCAUCCUCACUGGGAUGGUGCCAUCCUCACCCCUGGGAUGGUGACAGCCCCCUGGGGAGGGUGGCAUCCUCACUGGGAUGGUGCCAUCCUCACCCCUGGGAUGGUGACGGCCCCCUGGGAAGGGUGGCAUCCUCACUCCAGGGGUGCUGGCAGUCCCCUGGGGAGGGUGGCAUCCCCCCCAGGACGGUGACAUCCCCCUGGGGAGGGUGGUAUCCUCACCCCAGGGACGGUGACAUCCCCCCGAGGACGGUGCCAUCCUCACUCCAGGGACGGCGACAUCCCCCUGGGGAAGGUGGCAUCCUCACCCCAGGGAUGGUGACAUCCCCCUGGGGAGGGUGGCAUCCCCCCGAGGACGGUGACAUCACCCCGAGGACGGUGACAUCCUCCUGGGGAGGGUGGCAUCCCCCUGGGGAGGGUGGCAUCCCCCCGAGGACGGUGCCAUCCCCCCCGGGACGGUGCCAUCCUCACCCAGGCAUGGUGACAUCCUUGCUCCUCGCUGGCGUCUUCCCCGGACUGGUGACAUCACCCGCAGGACGGUGCCACCCCAGCAGGGAUGGUGACACCUCCCCGCCCCCCUCCGCGGUCGGUGCCAUCCCCCUGGGGACAGUGCCAUCCCCUUGGGGACAGUGCCAUCCCCCUGGGGACAGUGCCAUCCCCUUGGGGACAGUGCCGUCCCCUUGGGGACAGCGACACGCUCACCCGGGGCGCUGAGGGAAUAAAGAUGCUGAUGCCA